CACAAUGGCUGUCCUUCCUCUUUGGUCCUACUUGCUGGUCAGUUACUUUUCUGUUUCAUUAGCAGAACUGUCCAGUCUCUCGGAUCUGUAUCCCCCACUGUGGGAGGAGAGUCCUGGUCAGUUCAGUGACUACCGGGUGGAGAACGGAACAUACAUUAUUGACCCCUGGGUAUACACUGACAGACUGGGGAUGUAUAAAAUCCUAAUCAACAAGACAGCCGCUUAUUUUGAAAAAUAUGCACCAGAAAAUGAACAAAAUAUUUUAUGGGGAUUGCCUGCCCAGCAUGGGUGGCAAUAUAGAACAGGAAGAUUAGCUGAUCCCAGGCGAUGGACAGACUGUGGUUAUGAAUCUGGAGAUCGUUUGUGCAUCUCUGUAGACAGCUGGUGGGCUGAUGUAAAUUUCUUUCUAUGCGCAUUACCCUUCCUUGCUGCGGUUGAUUCAGACAUAAUGGGGAUAUCAUCAGACCAAGUCAUGCUUUUACCACCACCGAAGGAUCAGAUGAAGUUUUGUCUUAACGUUUCUAGUUGUCAGUCAUCCUUUCCUGGGAAAAUGAGACAAUGGAUUGCUUUUUUCCAGCAUUUGCAGUCACCUUCCACCAGCUUUGAUGAACUGUUGGAGUACUUAUGGGGUGCACAUACCUCAACCUUGGAUUAUACUGACAAAAGUCUUAAUGAGAGGUUGGAAUAUUUAUCCAAACCAGAAGCGAACUUUGGAAGAAAUUGGGUUACAGCUGUGAAAUAUUUAGGUGCAUCGCUGUUUCCUACAACCUUGAUUAGAGUUCAUGAAUUCCAGAAGGGUCUCCCAUCACGAGUGUUUGUUAAUGGGGAUAGAGGCCCCUUCAUCAGUGACUUUACUAACUUUCAGAACACGGUCCUGCUUAGUCUUAAUCUACUUUACAAAGUGGAUAACUCUAUAGGUUCAUUAUCUUUGCCUGUAUGGAAAACUUUAAUGAAGACACAUGAGGCAAGAAAGCUAUUUCUAGAGUUUUUGGAAACAAUUCUUAAAAUCUUUAAUUCAACAUUUCUGGAUAUGAUUAAUGAAUGAUAAUUUGUUGAGCAACAGCAAUUUCAAAAUUUGAUGUGAUCACAGCCUUAAGUUUUCUUAUUUUUGGUCUUUUUGAUUUUGCUUAUUUCUUAUGCAUUUCCAACUUUAAAUCCAAAUUAAUUAUAUGAUUAUUUUACUCAAUUAGUAAUCCUUGAUUUUUUAAUUCAUCAAUACUUAAACUGUUCAGGAUUUAAAUGACUGUAUUAAGCUCUAAUAAAUCACUAAGACAUUAAUAAAGAGACAUUAAACUUGUAUGGCUCUUUUAUAGUUCUCCUAUAUAACCUAAUUUCAUGAAAUUUAAAGCAAAGUCUUGCUGAUUUAUAAUCUAAAUCCAGACUACUUUCAAGUAAAAUACUGACAAAGUUUUUAAAACU